UAUGACGCCAUGUUUAGAACUCCAGGGGUAUAAUUAUUGAGUUAUCAGUAGUUCAUUGUAAUGAAUGAACUUUUUUGUUUAUAACCCAUUGAUUUAGCAAGAGAAUAAGUAUAAGCAUUACAUCCAGUUGUAAUCAAAUCCGUUCUUCAAGUUAACAAAAAUAUAUCUUCCCACACCCAAGUUUUCCCGCUAAUUCUGUGGUAUAUCAGCUGAUGUGUGUACUCUGUUGAAGGAAGUGGAACAUAAUUUAAAGCAUGUAAUAAAUCAUGUCAACAGAUAUUCUGUAACAAAAGUAUGUACCACCUAUACCGUUAGUCGUAAACAACCGUCUUCUUCAAAUGUGCUACUUAAAUAAUGAAAUUGCGGUGACAUGUCUUUAUGACGUUGUUACUUUGAAUUUCUGUAUGGUUUUAUGAUACAUCUGUAACAGGAUCACUGUACAUGUAGCUUGUGGUAAGAAGCAGAAAACUUUAAUAUGAUGAGCAAGAGCAGAGAUCCUCCUUCUGCUCCACUUGUACAUGAGGAGCAGAGAGGACAAGAAAGUGACAGUGAACGUGAUAAUGAAAAUAAUUUCUUAGUGUUAGAGAGGCACAAGAGAAAAAUAGCAGAAGCGGCUGUCAAACUACGACAAACGAGCUCUGAUUCUGAAGACGAUAAUGAUGUUAGACUUGUAAAGAAAAGACAGAAGCUUCAAGAUGAGAAGGAAGAUCACAGAAAGAGUGAAGACAAAUUUGGAAGCUCAGUACCUGAAAAUGAACUUGAUGGUGCUCGUAGUAAUGGUCACAAAAAGAAUAUAGUUUCAGAAAAAGAAGUGGAACACAGUCACUUUGAGGACUGUACUAUUGAUAGUAAUGGUGGUGAUGAACAGGGAAAUGUUAUAAAACCAUCAGGAGCAAAAUAUAUGCCAAAAAGGGAGAAGCUACAGGAUGACAUUAGUUCAAGUGAUUCAGAUUGCAAACAACAGACAAAGAAAAUUCUUGUCUUAGAUGAAAAUUCUGUAGAAACUUCGCCAUCAAAACAGAGUAUGCAAAUUCAGGGGAAAAGUAGUAUAAAAUCAUACAAAAAGUCCAAACCCAAAUGUCAGGUUUCUAAAUCAGAGACAGAAGAUGAAAAUUCAUCUAAUAUUUCAGAAAAUGCAAUAGAAUCUAAUGAAGAUUCCAAACUGUCUUUCAAUGAGUAUGAAUUAAUUAAAGAAAAAAACAAUGCAAAAAAUUCAACAGGCAGUUCAGAAGAAGAAAGGAACAAAAAGAUGGAGCCACCAAAGAAGGAAACAUCUCAUGAACAAAGUUCAAAUUCUGAUUCAGAAAAGAAGGAACUGCAGACCACCACUGAAGCUCCUUUGCUUGACAUAAGUUUAAAUAAUUCAAAAAGUGAGAUCAAAAAGAAGCAACAGGAAGUUGUAACAUCAGCAGAGAACAGAAAAGGAGAGAAUUGUGAUUCAGUCUCUGAUGAGGAGAAGCCAUUGAAGAUUGUAUCUAAAAAAACUGCUAAACGUCAAAGAGACAGUUCCAGUGAUUCAGGCAGAGAAGACAACAAAGAAAAGCAAGAAAAUGCAAUGAGGGAAGUGAAAGGUGAAAGAGAAAUUUCUUCUGACCCAGACUCAGACGAGAAGCCACUGAAAGCUGUGUUGAAGAAACCUGCUAAAGAAGGAGACAUUUCAGUUGAUUCUAGCAAAAUAGGGAACAUAAUAAAACAACAAAUAUUGAAAACAAAUUUAGAUUCUAGAAGAGAAAAGGAAUCUGAUUCAGAAUCAGACUCAGAAGAUGAAAAGCCAUUGAAGACUGUGUCAAAAAUAACUACUGAACAAGGAACCAGUUCAUGUGAUUCUGACCUAGAACACAAAGGAAAGUCAAAGGUUGAAGAUAAAAACAGAGAAGAUUCUGAUUCCAAGUCAGACUCUGAAGAAGAGAAACCAUUGAAGACAAGAAUUAAACAACAAGGCAGUUUGCGUACUUCAGGCAGAGAAGGCGGCAAAAGAAAGCAGAAAAAAGAAAAGUCAAAAGUGCAAGCUAGAAGAGAAAAGGAAUCUGAUUCAGAAUCAGACUCAGAAGAAGAGAAUUUAUUGAAGACUGUAUCAAGUAAGGCUGUUAGGCAAAGAGAUAGUGCAAAUGGUACAAAUAGAGGUGGCAGGAAAGGGCCAAAUAAACCUGUGAAAAAGGUAAGAAGCAGAAAGGAUUCUGAAGAGGAAACGUCAGCACAGGAAUCUGAAAGUAAUUUAAAGAAUUCUGAAUUAAGUACAUCAAAGCAAAAGUGUCAGAAACAAGAAACAACUUGCAGCUCUGAUUCUGAUGAUGGUGAAUCAUUGAAGACAUCAGAGAAAGAGAAAACACAAAUUAAGCAAUCUCAGAAGAGAGAAAAAGGCAAGAGAACUUCAAGAAACAAUUCUGAUUCUGACAUGCAGAAUAAAAAAUCUUCAAGAAACUCUAGAGAAGAUGCUCAUACCAACUCUGAUUCUUCUGUAUAUAGUGAAGACAAGUCAAAGGAGACAAAUGAAACCAAGAAAUCUCUACACUCCAUGAGCUCCUCUGAGUCUGAAGAUUGCAGUGCAGGGCCCAAAACAAAGAAAAGAGAAGUAAUUAAAAAGACAUCUAAGGAAAAGAAAGAAAGCAAAUCAUCCAAUUCCAGUUCUGACAGUCCAGUCUCUGAUGAUGAGAGAUCUAAGGAUAAAAAGAAAGAGAAGAAAGAUGUUCCAGAAAAUAAACGGAUCACCGCAUUGAAGCGUUACCUACGUCUCGCCGGAAUACACAUUGUACAUUAUUCUAAAGUUUUGCAAAAUUGUCGCAGUAACAAAGCAAAGAUUGAAGCUCUUCUUAAUUUAUUACGAAAGGAAGGACUAAAAGGAAACCCAACUAUACAAAAAUGCAAACGUCUGCGCAAAAAGAUAGAAACGAGACGUGAGGUGCAGGAGUUGGACGUGAGCAACAUAAUGGAAGAAAAAGGGAGGCCUCAUCGAUCCAGUCGAUGCAGUUACACCAAGAAUUACAAUGAAGACCUCAAACACGAUGCUGAAGAGAAAACAGCCUUAAUCAAAGAGAGGUUCUCUCGUAUCCGUGACAUUAUUGACAGUGACUCAGACUGAAGUCAGUCAAGUAUGUACAUCGUUAUCCGAUUUAUGAGUGCAGAAGUGCAGUUAAAUCCUGCUGCAACACCCCCCGCAUUUUGCCCACAGAAGCCUUGGAACAGAAAUUUCCACUGUAAUUUCAAUGAGAAUUUGCAGUAAAACACCACCCCACUAGGUGCCAUCCACCAACAUCUGUGGCAUUGAAAAUGUACCGUUAAGCAUCAUAAUCAAGGAUGAUGCACCGCCUUGCUAUUUCACUUCCGUCAGUUAUACAGACAGACGCUUGGAAUACUCAAUUGUAAAAAUUUUGUACUGCAUCAAGAUUAUAUUUGUAAUAAAGAAGAUGUGUUAUUAGCGACA